CUAGCUUCAAGUUGCUUCAGUUUCUCGCUGCGUAUCUUUCUUAUAAUCUUGUCGUACAUGUCAGCGUGUCUUGUUUGGUAAUAUCGCCUCACAUUGAACUCUUUAAAAACAGCGACUGUCUCUUUGUAAAUGAGGCAGACACAGUUGUUGGUCAUUUUAGUGAAGAAGUAGUCCAAUUUCCACCUAUCCUUCAAGUGUCGGCCGUCGUAGUCAACUUUUUGUUGUUGUUGAUUGUUGCCAUUUUAGAAAAUUGGAAGUCAAGCGUCACACGGGGUAAUGUUGCUUAGAGUGCUGCUGCUUUUUAGUGGGUAAAUGAGGAGCAGCAUUUAGUGUGUAAGCUACUUCAUUUUCUGGUAGCAGUACUGCUGACCAAUUUAUUAAGUUGCUGUGCGGGCCAGACGUUAUUGAUGUUAUGACAGAGGCUGAGGGCCGGAGGAUAUUUGACCAUGGGUUGCAUUUGGCCCCCGGGCCGCACUUUGGACAGGCCUGAAUUAAUGUGUAAGCUACUUCAUACGCUGGUAGCAGUACUGCUGACCAAUUUAUUAAGUCUGUGUGCGGGCCAGACGUUAUUGAUCUUAUGACAGAGGCUGGGGGCCGGAUGAAAUUUGACCACGGUCCGCAUUUGGCCCCUGGGCUGCAUUUUGGACAUGUCUGGUGUAAGCGCACUUCUUUGCAACACUUGAGCAGGUCUUCCAUUAGGCAAAACUAUUGCUUUUGUCCACUGGCUUUGCCAAAAUCACUGAAAACUGAAAGUCAUCAUGUGUGGCUUUAAGGUAGUUAAUGCAAAUAAAAUUGGCUUGUUUUGUGAAAACACUUUUUAAAAAAUCAUCAAUGAAGUUGUGUUUUUUUAUGAGUAAGACAUAAUCCUAAUUGUUAUGUGCUAUGAUGUGCAUAAUUUCAAAUGAACAAAAAUCUAUACCAGAACUAUACACGACCUUCAAAUACAAAUGAAAUAUUCCAUAUCAUACUUGCUUUUAUUUAAAAAACAAUGGAAAUCACAAGAGUGUGCUCAUUGCUCAUAUCAGCAAAUAACAGGAGAUGCAUCCCAUCCCGUGAGGCAGAAAGGAAACAUUAUAACACCAUUGUGCUUCCAUAUGAGCCCUGCAGCUGCCUCCCCAAUGUACCCCCGCUAACAUUGUUGGCAUCUGCGAACAAACCUGUUUUGUUGGUUUCACAAAAGAAGAAAAAGUGAUAGCUGCUCCAAGGUUUAAAUGUUCUCAUUGAUUUACAAGACUCGCUUUUUCUGGGUUAGCCCAGCAGGCGACUGAAUGAGUGAAUGACUGAGUAACUGACUAAAAGGAGGACAAAUGUCUGAAUUACCCCAAAGGAAGACAUUUCUUAAAUACCAUAUGGCUCUCUGUAAAUAGUGCAAUGGACACAAAAAAGCAUUAAGGAUGGCACACACACUAAUUUCAUAGAAUGGGAACAUGAAAACAUUUGUAAAAUGGUCAAUCAUUGGAGAUUGAAAAAAUUCCAACCGUAUGCCUCAUUGCAUCUUGUUAAAUUGUGUGUAUUCAAGCAAACACACUGAAGCUUCAGGGUCUCACAAAACUUUCCUUGCAAACCCAACAAACAACGUUAAUGACGGAAUUCAGCCAAACAAAAUGUUGCGUGUGCCUUUAAGAGCUCUUUGUACUACUGUACUGUUUGAGCCUAGUGAGUUUGUGGGCAUCAGCUGUCCUCCAUGCUUUACAGCGCAAUGACAUCUUUUCCAUCACGUCAGAGGGAUUAGACGAAGAAUCCUCCAUUUUCAAUGUCAUUUGUGCUUUCUGGACAGGCAGAAGACAAGGUUUGGAUUUGUGAAACUGAUCACUUUUGAAGAACUUUGCAGGAAAACACACCUUUUAUUCAAAACUGCAGACUGGCAGAAGGAAUUGUUUUUUGGAACACUUUUUAAACAAUGACAGAACCUACUUCUCAAACGGUGUGUCCAAGUACUUCACUCAACUCUGCCAUCCAGUCUUUAUCUCCUAUGCCCUAUCAGAACAAUUUAAGGGAAGUGAAGCAAACAGAAGACAGCGAUCCCUUUCCUAUUCCAGGACUUGCAGCAGACUUUCUCCACAUGAGAGUGAAAGAAGGAAGCAAGAUCCGCAAUCUACUGCGGUUCGCAAUCGCUCGGAUGCAAGGAGAAGGGAAAGAAAUCCACGGGCAGCCGCAGAGGCAGGUGGUCUUCACAGGCUCGGACAGAGGUGUCACCAAGACCAUCACCUGUGUGGAGAUCCUCAAACGUAAAGUGGAAGGACUCCACCAGGUAUCCAAGCUCUACUACAAGACCAUGAAUGAGGUUUGGGAAGGAUCACUACACAGUGCACCAGGUAUAACCAUUCAGAGGACAGUACCUGCCAUCUGUAUUCUGCUCUCCAAAGACCCACUCAACCCUCAGGAGCCUGGAUAUCAGCCCCCCGAGUCAACCAGCACUCCCACAGAUAGCACAUGGAUAUGCAAAACCUCGCUCAGACCGCCUCAGUGCCCAACAUCAGCUAAGAGACACUGCCUGGAAAAGUAAAAAAAAAAAAUCUGCUCAUGAUCUUGCAAAUUACCUCCAAAUAGAUUUCUCUACUAUACCCACUCUGGUGGCACAAAGGUAAAUUUGAAUCGAUAUCAAGAAACAGAACUGGGGAAUAGGUAUGGGGGUACCCAAAAAGGUGGUUUGGACGUUUUUAAUUCCCUUCAUUUUCACGAAUGCCGCAAAGUCGGUCGAGAUGAACUGAGGCCCGUGAUCAGUAGCGAUAACGUCAGACACAUCCCAGCGGGCAAACGGAGGAAAGGAAGUCCGUGACAACCUUGAGUUAGGCUCAGGACUAUAAUUAUUGGGGCAUGAGUUCAAUUUUCAGAUGCAAGGAGUAGAAAUGUCAUCAGUUUUUACAGUUUAAUAUACAUGUUUCCUUAAUUUGUAUGUGUGAACUUUAAUUCUAUGUCGUGUUGAUGACCAAUAAACGUCUGUGAAAGGAACUUGAGUCUCAUAUGCCAUCAAAAUGCACGUGUACACGCAUGCACAAAUGUAUGCACGCACGCGACGAUAAAACGCAGCCGUGAAAAUUACCGCCUUCAUUUUUAUUUACCGUGCGAUAAAUGGACUCAUUGCAUAACGUGAUAGGCUUAGCAACUUCAAUAAAACAUGUCGUUAGUUAAUUAGAUGGACUUACAAACUGGGUGACGGCGCUUUAGGUGUUCAUUAACGGUCGACGUGAAGCCAAGCUUGGCAUUGAAGAGAUAGGACGACAGUGAACCCUCCUUUGUUUCGUUGAAAUAAGUCAAGGUUUUGGCCACUCUGCAGCGCUUUUUUGGCUUUGUGCCGCUUUCCCUGCUUGCAUACCAAGGGUCCGACAUUAAAACAAUCUCAUAAUCCCCCCCCUAAAAAUUUUCUCCUCGGAUCUACACAGUUCACGUAGGUCACCCUUUUUGACUACAAAACAGCGAAUUUCGCCGAAAGGUGAGAGAUUUUCAUGUCUGAAACAGAUUUUAAUUUCCCGCUUCAGGGCACCUACAUGGUGUAGCCUUGAGUGCGCCAGA